AUGUUCUUCAUACACGAGCUUCAGCGUACUAUCACGCUCCACCCAUCUUAUUUUGGCCCUCAUAUGCGCGAGUACCUUAUCCACAAACUUCAUGCAGAUGUAGAAGGCUCUUGUACCGGUCGAUACUUCAUCAUCUGCGUGAUAGAACACGAUAAUUUUACUUUAGGGAGAAUCAUUCCAGGCAAAGGAGAUGCUGAGUUUACGAUCACUUACAAAGCUGUUGUAUGGCGGCCUUUCAAGGGUGAGACAGUUGACGGAGUUGUGAGCUCUGUCAAUAAGAUGGGAUUCUUCGCCGAAGUCGGCCCUCUUACCGUCUUCGUGUCUAGCCAUCUCAUCCCUCGGGAAAUAAAAUUUGAUCCUACCUCGAACCCUCCACAAUUUUCGGACAAUGGCGACCAAAUUAUCAACAAAGGCUCCCAGAUCAGAAUCAAACUUAUGGGGACAAGGAGUGAUGUUGGGAAAAUGCAUGCCAUCGGCAGUAUCAAAGAGGAUUACCUUGGGGUAUUAUAA